AUGGGGACUUGGUCCGAUUACAUAGACUUCUUAGUCACUCCAAUGGAUGACUACCAGGUUGUCCUUGGGUUGGAGUUUAUGGAUCAAGUCAAGGCAUUUCCCAUGCCUUCCGCCAAUACCAUGUGCAUCAUGGACGGGGAGCAAGCUUGUGUAUUGCCCACUAGCCACUCUACCAAGCCGGAGACGACCAUACUCGUGAUUGUGCAGUUCAAGAAAGGCAUCAAGAAGAAAGAGGAAAGCUACUUGGCCAUGCUCAAGCACUCUGACGACGAGGAGCCAAGCCCGCCAGAGUCAGGGCCACGGGAGGUAGCAAAAGUACUCGAGGAGUUCGCUGAUGUCUCACCAAAUGAGCUGCCAAAUGAAUUACCAUCUAGAAGGGAGGUAGACCACCAAAUUGAGCUGGAACCAAGUGUCAAGCCACCUACCAGGAGUCCUUAUUGCAUGGCACCACUAGAGCUAGCAGAACUAAGGAGGCAGUUGCGGGAACUACUAGAUGCAGGGUUCAUUAGGCCCUCCAAAGCUCCCUAUGCUGCGUCGCACGGAUAUGAAGUAGGGCCUUUGCCUGAUGCUCUUGGCACUACGGUAGCAAGUGGAGGCACUAUGCAUGCAGUUGGAGUUGAAGUUGGUUUGUCUUCUGGCAGUAGUGUCCUCCCCUCCACCGCAUGUUCGUUUGGUGGUGUUCAUAGAGAGAAGUUAAGAGGACACGGUUGGAAUGUCGGGGAUGCAGCUUAUACUGACAGGGUAAUUGGGCAACCUGCGGCCAAGGUGUUGAUGGCUUGUAUAAGCCGCCAUCAUAUUUCCUGGAUAACAGAAAAGAGGAAGAUGAAGAGCAAAGCAGCUGUGAUUUCAUCUAGUUUGGUAUUCAUUUUAUCAAACUGGGCAUGGGGAGAUUGGUGUGAAGGUGCAUUACAGAUAGGAUUUUACAGAGGGAAAUGUGGAAUUGCAGAUGUUGAAGCCAUAGUGGCCGGCGUCGUCACUGCAAGGUUCGUUAGAGAUCCCACUAUUGUGGCUGCACUCUUGCGUUUGCAAUAUCACGAUUGCUUUGUCAAUGGGUGUGAUGCAUCAAUUCUGGUAGUCGGCAGCAACAGUGAGAAAACAGCUCCUCCAAAUCUGAGCGUAAGAGGUUUUAAUAUUAUAGAUGACGCCAAGGCCGCUGUUGAUAGAAUUUGCCUAGGGGUGGUCUCUUGUGCUGAUCUUAUUAUAAUUGCUACUAGAGAUGCUGUUUUCUUGAGUUUAGGAGUAAGAUAUGAAGUGCAAACAGGAAGAAGAGAUGGUUUAGUCUCUCUACCUCAAAAUGUGUCUCUCUUUCUCCCACCACCUUUAGCUUCAGUCUCUCACUCCAUCGCCUUAUUCGCUAACAAAGGCCUCACUCCGACUGACAUGGUUCUUGUUCUAGGUGCUCAUUCUGUUGGAGUAGUUCAUUGCUCACUCUUAAAAGAUCGCCUUUACAAUUUCAGACACACCGGUAGACCUGAUCCAACCAUGGAUCCUUUUCUUCUAAAUUUACUCAGACUUCGUUGUCCUCAAAACACACCGACAAACAAUAUAGUUAAUCUUGAUCAGAAUCCAUUCAUGGACAACUCAUACUAUCAGCGGUUAUUGUUAAAGAGAGGCAUUCUUCCGAUUGAUCAAGAGUUAGCAUUACACCCAUUAACAAGGGGUACAGUGAUGACCUUAGCCACCAAAGGGUUUGAUUUCCCGUCCCGGUUCGGCGCUGCCAUGGUUAAACUUGGAGCUAUUGAGGUUCUUACUGGUAGUCAAGGAGAGAUUAGAAGAUCAUGUAGAGCCUUCAAUGAGCAUUAA